ACCGGCCGGCCGCGCAGCUGAGUUGUCAUCGAAAUUGGGUGCAAGUGAAAUUGUCUCAUUUUCAACAAGGAACGUCGGGCGAUCGUGCUUCUUUUCCGUUGAGCACAAAGCAACGAGAUAUUGUAGCUGUUGUUGGCUCGAUUUAUAACAAACUUUGUUCGGAAAGAAGCCGAAAAUGUGUGCUCCAUCGCCCAAGCGGUUGGUGGACUCCACCGGCCCGCCCGCCACUUCUCCCCCGUCUGAGACGGGCGAGGAGAACGGCUCAGCGCCGCUGCCAUCGUCACCGGAGUACGGCAGUUUAUACACCGACGGCAACACAUCACUGCCGCAAAUGGAUCCCGUCUCCACUCAUCACCUUCUCCAAGUGCGAGAUUAUCAGAACAACAACUGCCUCGAUUCUGACUUCCAUCACAAGACUAGAGUCGGGAAAUUGCGGGACGCCAAAAGCAAGUUUUUGUCGUGUUUGCGACAGAAAUUUGGUGUGAUUUUGACCGGGGCCGUCUUCGUGUUGUUCUUCAACAUCAUCGGCUGGAUGGGUUGCUACAGUGUCCUCUUUGUGAGUCUGCAAGAUGAAUUUCGCAGCAGCGCCACUGAAACAGGCUGGGUGGGUUCCCUGGCGUACAUCAUCAACUGCGUCUGCACGCCGUUUGGCGACUUCCUGCUCCGUCGCUUCUCCAGCCGUGUCAUCUGCGUCGUCGGCAUCUUGUGCUGUUUCGUCUCCCUGAUUUCGUCCUCCCUCAUGCCGCAGCUCUUCUACCUCUUCCUCACGUUUGGCCUGCUGUACGGGCUGGGUUCCGGCCUGGUCUUGAAGUCCAUGCUGGACCUGUUGCUCAAUCGCUUCCCAGACAACUGCGGCCGGGUCUCGUUCCUAGUCUUCACUGGAUCUACCCUAGGUAAUUUUGCCUGGACGCCAAUCACCACGAUAUUCAUCGAUCUGUGGGGCUGGCGCAACUGCCUUCGAGUCACCGGAGCAAUCAUGCUCCUUGUUUGCAUCCCUGCCACCUUUCUCAUGGGCGUGUUAACCACGCCCUCUCACCCGGACGAUGCCAAAAGUUCCCAAGAUGCCAAGAAGCCUGAUGAUGCGAUGCCGGAUACAGCAUCUGACAAAAAGAAAGCCAAGAAGAUAAGAGACAAGAAGGAGGAAAUCAAAUGGGAGGGGCCAAAGCAGAAGCGCAUGGUGUGGAUGCCAGAGGCGUGGCUGUUUGGCCUGGCCAAUCUAGUACCCUUCAUCAGCAUGGGGUUUUAUAACGUCAAUCUUGUGAGCUACGCCAUUAGUCUGAGCUACACUAGCAACCAAGGCUCAACGCUAGUCACCAUUGCUGCAGCCGCCGAGGCCGGCUUCAAGCUGGUCUUUGCCAUUUUUGUCGAUAAAUUGCCUUUCCGCAAAGUGCACUUGAUGACGACGCUGUCGGUGGUCUCCACCCUGGUCACGCUGACAUGUGCAUUUGUUCCAUCUUUCCCUAUAUUGUGUGUGAUUGGAGUAGGCAUUGGUUGCGUGCGGGCAACCAUGAACGCCCUGCCGUUCCUACUUGGCAUGGAGAUAUUUGGGGUGCGGAAGACCAGUGGAUCCACCACCCUCGUCCUCUUCGCUGAAGGGUUGGGAACCAUCACAAGUGCCUUUAUCAUUGGUGGCACCUAUGAUGCCUUUGGCACCUAUGACGUCGCCAUCUACAUCUGCACCGGCUGUUUCCUCCUGACGGCCCUCCUCUACUUCCUGAUCCCGCUGAUCUCCAAACUCCACAAGGUCAUCGGGGUCAAAGUUCGCAUCGAUGAGGUCACGGGCGUGGCCGAGAUAGUCCCCGUGGUGGAGGACGAGGAGUUCAUGAUUGAGGAGUUUGUGACUGUACUCUGAAAGAAUGCAGUGUGGAUGGAUAUGAUUUGUUGACCUUUUGGGGUUGCGUGUCAAAAGGUUGGGCUCUGUGACAUGAGCAGUAAUGGUGAAGUGGAAGAUGUAUUGUCCACCAUAGUGGAAUUCAAUUGUGUGAAAUAAACAACGAUGCCAUACUCUGGUGACAAACGACUAUUUGACGAAAUUGUGACUUAAACUCGUCUGUGCAAAACCGACAAAACCUUUGUUUUGAAAUGUCUAGGAGUAAGCCUUUGGUUACAUGCACGAACUUGCAGCUUAAACAAAAACAACGAAAGAUUUUCAAUACCAAAAAAAAAUGUUUACUUACAUUUUUUUGAAAUGUACUAAGCAUUCCUGCAACUUUCUUGUGCUUUCACACUGGUGUGUGUAUUGAUAGUGAUCAUUUUGGAAGGUUUGUUUUGUAGUUUGUGCAGCCAUUGUAGCCAGUUCAUGUGCUGAUCUCAUUACAUGCAAGGGCCAAUGCAAAAAAAGGGUUUUUUUUUAAGUAGAAUAACUUGUAUUUAUAAAAGGUUUAUUUUUCACAGAUGUGGAACACGGUAUAGAUAUGACCAAUUGUAUGAAUCGACUGAAAAAGGCUCAGUCAUUAUUUUGUCGAAAGCAUUCUUGUAUAAAGCUCAUGUACUGAUGCAUUUAUGAUGCUAAAUGUGUAAGGACCAGAUUCCUAUUACAGAUGUAUUGUUCUUUGUUUUGGUUUGAAUAGUUAAUUAUUAAUUAUUCAAGUGAUCACAAUGACUACAGGUUUAUGUCAGCAUAUUUUUUAAAGAAAUUGCUAUCAUGAAAAUAGAGAAAUUAUUACAUGUAUUAAAAAAAAGAGAUAAAUUGCUCUUUAGAGAGGACUAACAAAUAUUUAAAGUUGAUUUAAAAACUUUAAAGAAUGAUGACAAACGAUGAAAAAAAAUGCGGUUUUGAAGCAUUUAUAUCGCAAAAGAAAACUAUUGACAACGGAGAUAAAAUAAUAAUAUAUUUAAAACAAAUCUGAUAGCAAGAAGUUAUUAACAAAGUAAUAUAAAGGCCAUAUAGACAAAGUAUUGAGUACCAAUAAACAAAUUUCUUUAUUAACACUGUCCUUUGUUCAGUCAAAAUGUUCAGAAUGCGAUGUACAUGUCGUGCACGACUGAAAGAUGAGUGUAUUUUAAAAGAAGAAAAUAUGUCAAGAACUAUUGUGAGAAAAUUGUGAGAACAGUAAAGUUUAAAUUUAUUAUGGAUAGCAAGUUCUAAGAGGAAUAUAAAGGAUAUGUAAUUUUGCAGUAAAAAAAAGUGUUGGGAUUAAAUGAGGUUUUCUGUUUCAAAUGAGCAUGCCUUUUGUAAAAGAGAUUGAAAUGUAUGUGUUACUUUGUGAGAUGUUUUGGGUUUACUUAAAUAGCUUUGUGCGCAUGUGUAGAAUAAUGCAAGUAGGCUAGAUAACAGUAUGUUUCAAGAAGUAAUGCGUUAAAAAGAAGAAUUUUUUUUGUGUAUUAUUGAUUUAUGAAAGUGUAAAGCUGAAAUGGAAGGCGUGAAUGUUGAAUGGUGGUAGAUGAAAAUAAAAAAACAAAUAAUAUUAAUAAAAGCACAAUUGGGAACUAUUUAUCUCCUUGAUUCUUUUAUGUCAUUCAUGAUUAUAAGUUAUUUGCCUUAUUGCAUGUAGUCCUAUUUGCAAAGACAUUUGUACAUGUUUUGUUCAUGAGGUAAGCUAUGCACCUUGCAAGUAUUAAACGCCGCUGUAUUUUCAUUUCAGCAUUGUUUUCUGGAGAAAUGUAUAAAGGAAGCUCAAGUAUAACGUGUACAUGUCAGAGCUGUCCUGUGCAAUUCCACUUUCUGUGAAUAAAAUGCUAACAUUGCCUUAUAAGA